AUGGCCAUGAUCACUGAGGGUAUAGCAGGAAGCUCAAAGACACUGGCAAGAAUGACAAAAGUACUCAGAAAGGUGUGCAUUGCUGCCCUCAAGACACUGAGGAACAGAGGAAUGAGAAUUGGUGGUCGACAUCGAUUUGUUGUUAUCGACGAGAGCAAGUUUGCCCACAAACGAAAAUACCAUCGUGGCCGAUGUGGCAACACUUGGCGUCGUGAACGCCAGUGGGUCUUCGGGAUGCUAGAGGUUGAUGGUAUUUCCAGAAGACCCAUUCUGAGACUCGUCAAGGAUCGCUCAAGGCAAACACUUAUAAGCCAAAUUCAACGACAUAUCAGACCCAGAACAUCAAUCCUUACAGAUGAAUGGCGUGCCUACAAGAGACAGCUUUCCCAGUAUGGAUAUCGACAGUAUUCUGUCUGCCAUAAAAGACACUUUGUUGAUCCAGGGACUGGUGCUCAUACUCAGCAUAUUGAGCGUGCAUGGCAGAAUUACAAGUUGGAAAUAUGGCGUCAUAGAGGAAAUCGUACUCCCGAGUCAUUGAAAACUCACCUCAAAAUGAUAGAGUGGCACCACUUGUUAGGUAUAGGCCAUUAUAAUGGUGUCUUAGGUAGACUUCUCCAUGACGUAAAAAAGCAUGUCAAGAAAAUAUAAAUGUGCUGAAUGCUGUAAUUAACUGUUUUUGCAGUGAUAUGGACCAAACGCUGCAUGGC